AGCUCAGUCUUUAAUUUAAAAUUCAGAGGUUUCCAAAAAAAGGUUACAAUUUUCUCUUCUAUUUCAUUCCUCGGGACGAAACCACAAGUAAAAUGUCUACAGAAAGGAAGUUUUUCGUUGGAGGUAACUGGAAGAUGAAUGGAAACAAGGCUUCUAUUGAUGUUAUCGUCAAUAACCUGAACACUGCUGAUCUCUCGCCAGAAACAGAAGUUGUAGUGUCCCCUCCUGCCUGUUAUCUGGAUUACACUAGCUCUAGAGUAGACAAGAAAAAGAUUGGAGUAGCAGCUCAGAAUUGUUACAAAGCAGAAAAAGGAGCAUUCACAGGAGACAUCAGCCCUGCUAUGAUCAAAGACAAUGGCUGUGAAUGGGUUAUACUGGGACAUUCAGAAAGAAGGCAUGUCUUCGGAGAGUCAGAUCAGUUGAUUGGCGAGAAGGUUGCAUUUGCUCUGUCCCAGGGUCUCAGUAUUAUUCCCUGUGUGGGGGAGAAACUUGAAGAGAGGGAGGCAGGUCUUACAGAGGAAGUUGUCUUCAGACAAACAAAAGCUAUUGCAGAUAACGUUAAAGACUGGAGCAAAGUAGUAAUAGCUUAUGAGCCAGUAUGGGCUAUUGGUACGGGCAAGGUGGCCACUCCAGCCCAGGCACAGGAGAUACAUCAGCGACUCAGGACAUGGCUCAGUGAGAAGGUUAACCCAGCAGUUGCCCAAAAUGUCAGGAUUCUGUAUGGAGGGUCUGUGAAUGCAGCUAACUGCAAAGAAUUGGGAACACAACCAGAUAUUGAUGGUUUCCUUGUUGGUGGGGCAUCACUCAAGCCUGAAUUUGUUGAUAUCAUUAAUGCCAGGCGUUGA